UCUGGGCUCCUGAUUUCUGGAUUUGAGCCAUUUAACUUAACUAAUGGUCUUGUCCAUUUUGGAAUGUGUCUUGACAGUAGUUCUUGGCAGUUGUUCUCAAUCUGGCUGUGCAUCAGAGUCUCUUGAGGACCUUUUUUAAAAAUGGGGAUGUGUGGGCCCUUCCUUAGCCAUUCUUUCUGAUUCUUAAAGUCUGGGUUGGGCUCUUGAGCCCUGGGCACUGAUAGUUUUAAAAGUCUCUGCAUGUAUUCUAGGGUGCAGCCAGGAUUGAGAACCACCACUCUGAGAUUUAAACCUUUCAGCGAUGUGUUUCUCCUGGGAACUUUUUUUGUCUGUUUUCCAAAAUCUAAAGCGGAUCAUCUCAUUGGUCAUAUUGCUAUCUCCUAUCAAAGAAGGAAGGACAUAUUCUACCUCCAAGUUAUUCACAUGUGUAUCCUGGCAAGAAACAUCUAAAAAAUAGUAUUCUGAAUUUUAUCUCUGAGUCCCAAGCCUGACUGUACCUUCAAUCUUUAGCUGCCUGUUGCCUGUGUCUAGAGAUAAGGGCUAGUCUCUCACUUGAGAUGUCUGACUUCGUACCCUUAGGAUUAAACUAUAUUUGGAAAACACUUUGAGGCUCAUGCUGGAAUCCCCUCGACUUUGUAAGCCACUACCACGACUCCCUUAAAGCUUGAGGGUAAGCUUAAUGGAUUUCUUUAUUAAAAAUCCUUCAACUUCCAAUUCUGCCCAAGUUUUUGCUUUUAAAGCCAUUAAGUUAGUAUGCAGACUUGGUCAGAUUUCCAUACUGAGGUAGGACAACAUGGAGAGAGUGAAGGGACAAGAAAGAAAAAAUAGUCAUUUUUGGCUAAAGACUAAUUUGGGGACCUCUUUAGUUAUUUAGUUGUAUACAAUUCUCAGAUAGGUGUUACUUUACUAUUUUGAGCAGGUAUACUUUGGCAAGUGUUACGUGUAUCUGGUCAGGGUUCUUUGUUCAAUUUGGGACAAAAAAAUCCGUGCAGUUCAUUUCCCCAGUAGAAAAAAUUGAGCAGAGAGCACACACAGGCUCUUCCCACAAAAUGCAAAUGGUUAACAGAUUGAAAGAGUGUUUGUUGCUAAUUAUCAGAGAAAUUCAAUUUUAAAGCAAACCAGUUUGACUCAUCAGUUAAACAGUUCAUUCAGCCAGUGUUAGCAAGAGUGUAAUGAACUAGACAUUCUCUCUUAGUGAUGUUAGGACAUAAACUGGUAUCACAGUUGUGGAAAGCAGCUUGCCGACAUGUAAAAGCCUUUAAUGAUCAAACUUCAUCUGCUAACCCAACUUUGAGAAUUUAACAUAGCAAAAUAAUCAUAUAUACAGGCCUCGAAGUACUAUAUCUUAAGUUAGCAAAAAAUUAGAAGCCACCUAAAUGUGGAAUAAUAGGGGAUUGGUUAUAUAUUAUGGCAUAAGCAUAUGGUGGAAUAACAGUGCAGCUUUUAAUCAUUUUUGAAAGACUAGGGAUGCAUGAAAAUGCCCAUGGAGUAGUAAGUAGACGAGAGUAUCUCUUGUAUGCUUUUAAUUAUGUAUAAAACAUGGUAAAAGUAUAAAAUGAGGUUAAAAGGAAAUUAAACACGCUGAUAGACUGAUAUUCUGUGAGUACUGGCAACUUUAUAUUCUUCCAGAUUUAAAAAAUUGAGCCUAUAUUCUUAGGAAAAAAAAGCAAUAAACAUUUUUUAAAAGGAUAUAACAAUAUGUGCUGAUCUAAUAUGCUUGUAAGGGUCAACUUCUUUUGUUCUGUCAGUUUAAUAGCUUCUCAGUUUGGCCUCUAGAACAUAGAUAAAUAUUGUUUUGCUCUUGAGUCGGAAUUGACUGGGUGGCAGUGGGUUUGAGUAUAUGUGGUGAGGCCUAGGCCAAGCCUUUGCAGUAUAGAAUCUAGCUAUGGUGUAGUAAUUUAAAGGGGAAUAAUGUUUUCUGUCCUGUCUCCAGAUAAAAUACUUUUUCUCUAAUGUAGAAUGGCUGUCCCCUUUCUUGUCACUUUGUCUGAAUGGACUUUUACAAGAGCAGUGGUUAAACUGUGAAAAAGAGAGACAUCUAUUGGUUAGACACUGUAUUGUAUUUGUGUUGAGUGAUGGACUCCUUAGGCUUCAUUAUGUAAAACAAAAGAAAACAGAGAAACCCUUGACUGUGUGAUGUCUUGCUGAAAGCACUAAUGUUCUGGCCCAAACUCAGAUUUCUUAGCGGAUGUGGAAGAGCCUGUCCAGCCUUGUCUAAACAUAAUGUUGCUGGGAUAUGGAAAAAAAUUGGCCAAGUACAUGGAUCAUUUCUUAAUUUUCUUUUUUUCCUUUCAGACGGAAAGAGCUCAAAUGGAUCCAGGCGUUUUAAUCGUAAACGUGAACCUUCCUACACCAAAAAUGAAAAUUUUAGCAACCAGUCCCGUCGCUCCAAUGCACAGAAAAGCAAAACUUUUAAUAAGAUGCCUCCUGAAAGGGGCGGCAGUAGCAGCAAACUCUUUAGCUCUUCUUUUAAUGGUGGAAGACGAGAUGAGGUAGCAGAGGUUCAACGGGCAGAGUUUAGCCCUGCCCAGUUCUCUGGUCCUAAGAAGAUCAACCUGAAUCACUUGUUGAAUUUCACUUUUGAACCCCGUGGCCAGGCGGGUCACUUUGAAGGCAGUGGACAUGGCAGCUGGGGAAAAAGGAACAAGUGGGGACAUAAGCCUUUUAACAAGGAACUCUUUUUACAGGCCAACUGCCAAUUUGUGGUGUCUGAAAACCAAGACUACACAGCUCAUUUUGCUGAUCCUGAUACCUUAGUCAACUGGGACUUUGUGGAACAAGUGCGCAUUUGUAGCCAUGAAGUGCCAUCUUGCCCAAUAUGCCUAUAUCCACCUACCGCAGCCAAGAUAACCCGUUGUGGACACAUCUUCUGCUGGGCAUGCAUCCUGCACUAUCUUUCACUAAGUGAGAAGACCUGGAGUAAAUGUCCCAUCUGUUACAGUUCUGUGCAUAAGAAGGAUCUCAAGAGUGUUGUUGCCACAGAGUCACGUCAGUAUGUUGUUGGUGAUACUAUCACAAUGCAGUUGAUGAAGAGAGAGAAAGGCGUGUUGGUGGCCUUGCCCAAAUCCAAAUGGAUGAAUGUAGAUCAUCCCAUUCAUCUAGGAGAUGAACAGCACAGCCAGUACUCCAAGCUGCUGCUGGCCUCUAAGGAGCAGGUACUGCACCGGGUGGUUCUGGAGGAGAAAGUGGCAUUAGAGCAGCAACUGGCAGAGGAGAAGCACACCCCCGAGUCGUGCUUUAUCGAGGCAGCUAUCCAGGAGCUCAAGACUCGGGAGGAGGCUCUGUCAGGAUUGGCUGAAAGCAGAGGAGAGGUCACUGGUGUCGUGGCUGCCCUGGAACAACUGGUGCUGAUGGCUCCCUUGGCGAAGGAGCCCGUUUUCCAACCCAGGAAGGGCGUGCUAGAGUAUCUGUCUGCUUUUGAUGAAGAAACCGUGGAGGUUUGUUCUCUGGACUCUUCUCGUCCUCUUGCUCUCCCUCUGGUAGAGGAAGAGGAAGUAGCGUCUGAACGGGAACCUGAGCAGUUAUUAGAGGCCUGUGAUGACUCGGAGUUAGCAGAUGACAAUCUUGGGGAAGGGACCAUUUGUACUGAGUCUCGCCGGCAGGAACCCAUCACCAAGCCAGGUGUCACACACCUAAGCAGCUCUCCUUGUUACUACUUUUACCAAGCGGAGGAUGGGCAGCACAUGUUCCUGCACCCCGUGAACGUGCGCUGCCUUGUGCGGGAGUACGGCAGCCUGGAGCAGAGCCCUGAGAAGAUCUCGGCAACUGUGGUAGAGAUCGUCGGGUACUCCAUGUCUGAGGAUGUUCGGCAGCGUCAUAGGUAUCUCUCUCACUUGCCACUCACCUGUGAGUUCAGCAUCUGUGAACUGGCUCUGCAGCCUCCUGUUGUCUCCAAGGAAACUCUAGAGAUGUUCUCAGAUGACAUUGAGAAGAGGAAGCGUCAGCGCCAGAAGAAGGCUCGGGAAGAACGCCGCCGAGAGCGCAGGAUUGAGAUGGAGGAGAACAAGAAACAGGGCAAGUACCCAGAAGUCCACAUUCCCCUAGAGAAUCUACAGCAGUUUCCUGCCUUCAAUUCCUAUACUGGCUCUUCUGAUUCUGCUUUGCGUCCCACCAGCACCGAGGGCCAGGGGUCCCUCUCCCUUUCUCCUCUUAGCAGAAGUUCUGGGUCCCGUUCAGACUUUCUGCUGACCCCUCUGUCACCCACUGCCAGUCAGGGCAGUCCCUCAUUCUGCGUUGGGAGUCUGGAAGAAGACUCUCCCUUCCCAUCCUUUGCUCAGAUGCUGAGAGUCGGAAAAGCAAAAGCAGAUGUGUGGCCCAAAACAGCUCCAAAGAAAGAUGAGAACAGCCUAGUUCCUCCUGCCCCUGUGGAUAGCGAUGGGGAGAGUGAUAACUCGGACCGUGUUCCUGUGCCCAGUUUCCAGAAUUCCUUCAGCCAAGCUAUUGAAGCAGCCUUCAUGAAACUGGACACACCAGCUACUGCAGACUCCCUGUCUGAAGAAAAAGGAGGAAAGAAAAGAAAAAAACAGAAACAGAAGCUGCUGUUCAGCACCUCAGUUGUCCACACCAAGUGACACUACUGGCCCAGACUACCUUCUCCAUCUGGUUUUCUUUUGUCCUUGCUUUUGUUUUGCUGCUGUAAUUUUUAAGUAUUUGACUUUGAACAGAUUAGCUCUGGGAGAGUGGGGGGUGGGGAGGGGGUUUCCACAACGUGAGGGGGAACCAAGAAAAUUUUAAAUACAGUGUAUUUUCCAGCUUCUCGUCUUUACACCAAAAUAAAGUAUUGACACUCACAAGAGAUCUCUUCCUGCCAAGGUUUUUA